AAAAUUGUGAUAAAAAUUUACAUCCUCGCACCGGAAGAAUAGGUUGCCAACAGUUAGCCUGGCAACAAUGGCGAAAAACGCGCCUCCGUUGAACGACAUGAUGGCAAGCAUCAAGAGGUAUCCGAUUGCGGAGUUGGCUCCAAAAAGCAUAGCCAAAUGCGACUUUAGCGAGCUUGAAGCAGAGGGUUCUGGGGAGAAGAGGGGUGGCGGCGGAGAUGGGGUUGGUGGAGAUGAGGGAUUUGAAGCAGAUUCAACGAUCUUCCAUGUAUUCCCACCAGUGGACCUUGAUGCCACGUUGAAGCCACGUUGGAGCCAUGUUGGAGCCACCUUGAAGCCACUUGGAUGUCAAAUGCCACGCAAGCCAUUACACUAACGGCGUGACAGAGCUCAGUUAGUAGAUGGGCUAAUUUGCUCCUUACUUGGGGUUUGAGGGCUUGUCUGCCACCUUUUUUGUUCAGGGGCUUAUCACUUACUU